AUCGAUUGCCCAUCAUUGAAAUAUCGAAUCGGAGAAAGUUGUUUCGACUCUCCGCGUCUCGUCGUCUUCUCUCGGCGCCCCAAAACCCUCUCGGCCCUCUGCGUUUGUGUCUCUGAUCAAAAUGGCCUCCUCUCGCAUCCCGCCGUCGAAGCCCCUCGAGCUCGACCUCACCAUCGUCAACGCCAAGCAUCUCAAGAACGUCAACUGGAAGAACGGCGACCUCAAGCCCUACGCUAUCUUCUGGGUCGAUCCCGAUCGCCGCCUCGCCACCAAGUCCGACGAUUAUGGCUCGACCCGACCCGUCUGGAACGAACAGUUCACGAUCCCUCUCGCCCUCCCCCUCCCCGAUUGCGUCCUCUCCCUUGAAGUUUUCCACUCUAAACCCUCCGAGACCCCCAAACCCUUGGUCGGGUCACUCCUGAUCCACCUCAAGGACCUGCCCGACCCGCAAGAUAAGGACCAGAUCCGGACGUACGAGCUCAUCCGACCGUCUGGUCGGCCUCACGGCAAGAUCCGGAUCAAGUUGGCGGUCCGCGAGCGCCCCGUGCCGCCGGAGUACGUUAUCCCACCUUCAGGGUAUUAUUACGGGACCGCUCCUCCUCCGCCGCACCCCACUUCGCGCUAUCUCCAGCCACCGCUGGCCCCACUCCCCGUGCCGCAGGUUGUGACAAUGCCCCCGCCGCCGUCUAAUACUGUCCGCGAGUACAGGCCAUAUUCUGUUCCGACCUAUGCAGCGGCCCCUCCACCACCACCGCGCCCGGCUCAGUCGCCGCCUGCUUAUUCCUAUCCGUACUCAGAUGCCUAUUCUGGAUACUAUCCGGGGCACUUCUCGUCUGCGCCUCCGCCCCCUCCACCGCCGCCGUUCUAUGAUCGGGGUUCGGGGUAUGGCGGGCCUAGCAGUGGCCCAUCCGCACCCGUUGGUUACACAACGGCAUACGAGAAGCAGAGAAGUGGGAAGAUGGGGCUAGGGGCAGGAUUGGCUGUGGGAGCGGUUGCUGGAACGCUGGGUGGGCUGACAUUGGAAGAGGGAUUACACUAUGAGGAGGAAGAGAAGAUCUCAGAGCGGGCUGGAAGUGACAUGGCUGCAAAGGAUGAUUAUUGCGAUUAUCGUGAUGAUUACUGAUUUCAAUUGUGGGUUGGUUGGUAUGUUUCUUUACUGGUGAUGGGCAAUGUCAGCCUCUAUUUUGACAUACAUGUUUAAUACAGUGUGACGUAAAUAACUUAGGUUCGCAUCUGGAUGAGGACUUUCUCUUGUUUGGGACAGUUGCUGACUAUGUCUGUCCUAACAACAUAAAUAAGUGGUUGCCGCUGAAAUUCUCUA